CACCCCCCUCCCCCUCCCACCCCCUGGGCCUGGUUCAUGAAUUAUGUCGGCCACCAGCGUAGACCCUCAGAGAACAAAAGGACAAGAUAAUAAAGUACAAAAUGGUUCGUUGCAUCAGAAGGAUACAGUGCAUGACAGUGACUUUGAACCCUACCUUUCAGGACAGUCAAAUCAGAAUAAUAGCUAUCCCUCAGUGACUGAUCCCUACCUUUCCAGUUACUAUCCACCACCUAUUGGAUUUCCUUACUCACUCAGUGAAGCACCAUGGUCUACUGGUGGUGAUCCACCUAUUCCAUAUCUCACCACCUAUGGACAGCUUAGUAAUGGCGACCAUCAUUUCAUGCAUGAUGCUGUUUUUGGACAACCUGGGGGUCUGGGAAACAAUAUCUAUCAACACAGGUUUAAUUUUUUCCCAGAAAACCCUGCAUUUUCAGCAUGGGGAACAAGUGGAUCCCAAGGACAACAAACUCAAAGUUCAGCUUAUGGAAGCAGUUAUAGCUACCCACCCAGUUCUUUGGGUGGUACCAUUGUUGAUGGACAGACAGGAUUUCAUAAUGACACUUUAAAUAAAGCACCUGGAGUGAAUAGCAUUGAGCAGGGAAUGGUUGGACUUAAGAUUGGUGGAGAUGUGACAACAUCUGCAGUUAAGACGGUAGGAUCUGUUAACAGUGCUGUAAUGACUGGUGCUCUUUCUGGUAAUGGUGGAUCAAGCGUAAACUUACCAGUUUCAAAACCAACAUCUUGGGCUGCCAUUGCCAGCAAACCUGCAAAACCACAACCUAAAAUGAAAACAAAAAGUGGACCUAUAAUUGGAGGCGCUUUACCUCCUCCACCUAUAAAACAUAAUAUGGACAUUGGUACUUGGGAUAAUAAGGGGCCUGUGAGCAAGGCUCCCGCUCCCCAACAGAUUCCAUCACCUCAGUCUCUCCCACAGCCACAACAACAGAUUGUUCAGCCUAUUCCAACUCAGCCUCCUCCUUUGGCCCAGACACAAUAUCAGAACCCUCAGCAACCACCCCCAAACCGUUGGGUAGCCCCUCGAAACCGAAAUGCAGCUUUUGGACAAAGUGGAGGAACCAGUAGCGAUAGCAACUCUACUGGAAAUGCCCAAACUAAUUCUGUUCCAGGUGGAGAAUCACACCCUGUCCUUGAAAAACUGAAAGCUGCCCAUAGUUAUAACCCUAAAGAAUUUGAUUGGAAUCUUAAAAAUGGACGUGUUUUCAUAAUAAAGAGCUAUUCUGAGGAUGAUAUUCAUCGUUCCAUUAAAUACUCCAUUUGGUGUAGCACAGAACAUGGAAACAAACGUUUGGACAGUGCUUUCCGCUCUUUGAACAGUAAGGGUCCUGUCUAUUUGCUCUUCAGUGUCAAUGGUAGUGGACAUUUUUGUGGAGUAGCAGAGAUGAAGUCACCUGUGGACUAUGGCACUAGUGCUGGUGUCUGGUCUCAGGACAAAUGGAAGGGGAAAUUUGAUGUCAAGUGGAUCUUUGUCAAGGAUGUACCCAACAACCAACUUCGACACAUCAGGCUGGAGAAUAAUGACAACAAACCAGUUACAAACUCCCGUGACACACAGGAGGUACCCUUAGAAAAAGCUAAACAAGUGCUUAAAAUUAUUUCCACUUACAAGCACACAACCUCCAUCUUUGAUGAUUUUUCUCAUUAUGAAAAGCGCCAAGAAGAGGAAGAAGUAGUGCGCAAGCAACUCAGAUACCAUCUAAGUUACAGAGCGGUUGUGAUCUGCAUCAGUGGAGGGCAUAUCCACACCGAUGAAAUUACAGAUCCUUGAAGUGUUAAAGUACAAGUCAUGAAAAUAGAAAAGUCAAGGAAAUGUCAGGAACGGCAGAAUCGAAACAAACAAUAAAAAUAAAGAUAAACUAGAACUGUUCACGAACUCAACUAUGAAAAACAAACUAAAAAAUGCUGGUGCUGUAUCUAGGCAUCAGGACUGACUAAAGCUUUCAGCUCCAAUGCAUCUUCUCAUGCAGGGGAAAUUAAGUUGUUGCAUCUUUAAUUACUUUGUAGCUUUUUUUCCCAGGUGGAUCUGCAUUAAUUUGUAUUUUUUCUAUGUAUAAUGCUCUAGAACCCAUUAAUAAAGUUGUAUUUUUUUUAAGUCAGCUAUUAAUCAGACUGACCUAAUAAACUAUAAGAUAAGCAUCCUUAAAAAACAAAAAAGACAAGCCUAAUGCUUCCCAAAGAAUUUUUUUUUUUUUUUUAGUUUUGGCACAAAUUAUGUUCCUUUUCUUAUAUUCACAGUAAUUUUAUAUAUCUAUACAUAUGAGCCUUCGUGUACUCCCCUUUCACGGUUUUAUGGCGAAAUAACAAACCAUGCAUUGUUUUGUCAUGUAAAACGUUCUGUUAAAAUACUUUCUCUUAAAAAUAGUGAAAUCAAAAGGUAAAUCAGAUCAGUUUUUGCAGAUGUUUUGCCAUUUAUUUUGUCUGUGAUUACACUUCUAAAAAGCCAGGAUUGUCAGUUUGAUUUUCUACUAAAUGGGGAAAAAUUAAACUUUUAAGUUAUUACAUGCUGUGGAAAAUUGUUUAGAUUUCUUUAACACAAACAAAAGAAUCCCUUUCAAGUUCUGUUAACCAGAGCUUUUUGAAAUCAUUUGUUAUACCAUAUCCUGCAGAGAAUAUUUCUCACAGCCAUAAUUGCUUUAUUGUUUAUAUAGCUUAAUAAUAAUAAUAAUAAUAAUGAUGAUGAUGGGAUGCUAUCAACAAUGCAGGGUUUUUGAAAAUGUGUUUUAAACCUGGUUCAGCUUUCAGGUGUUCUUAGUUUAUUGCAGACAUUUUUAAUUUUUCCCCGUAUUCCUUACUUGAGAGUCCAAAUGCCAUUUUAAGUUUUUAUACCAAUAAUGCUGAGCUUUAAUGUAGGAACUAAUAGGAUGGAGAGUAUGAUGGAUUAUGCCUCAACUGUUUAAAAUUGACGGUGUAUAUGUCUAAUUUUUUUUUCUGUUGGAUGAGUAAAAGAAAAACUUUUAAAAACUCAGUUUGCUGUCAUGUUUUUGUGGAAUGAGGGAACCGCUGAAGAGCUCAACACCAAAUGGAUUUGGAAUUAAGCAUGAAAAUGGUGCUCAUGCCUGUUGCUCUGGCCCACCGAAUCUGUACGCGUUUGUUGUAGAGGAUCCUUGCCAUAUUAGAAAGCAAAUGUCUUCUGAACACUAUUUACUCCAAAAGAUCCUCUGAUUUAAAGUUUAACUGUAUCAUUUAGACUUGUAUUUAGAACGCAUAACUCUUGUCUCUGUUACUGCCUGUAUGGAGUAAUGGACAUCAGAUUAACUUUUUUCCUCUAGGAGAAUACAAGCCUUAAUAAACAAUACCUAUUUAGCAA